AUGGGUUCGUCGCAGCCGCCCCCAGACCCUUUUGGGCCCUUUGGCUAUCAAAUACCUUCUGAUCAAGAUCCUCCUAUUGCCGAUCCGCCUGAGCCCGCCCCCGGUGCCCCUCUCUUAUCAGACAAUGACAGCAAAUUCCUCUCAACCUUUUUCGACGACUUCACGGCUGACCAUUACAACAUGUCCUUCGGCGAGGGUUUACACUUCAGCGAGAAUUGGUAUGAUCUUCCUCCGCAGUUUAUAGGAUCCAGUACUUCGUUUAGCCAACAGCCAGGAUCUUCGCUAGGCGAGCCGUCAUCGCAAGGGCAUUCUCAUAGCAUCCAUGAAUUUCACGGUGUAACAUCCAUGGGAUCGAAUAUGAUGCCUCCUCCACCGCCACCCCCUGUCAAUCUACAAAGCCAGAGUGAGCAUCGACAUGCCUCCGACGAUGUGCUGAACGCGGCUGCGACUCUCAUUCAAAAUGGUCUAAAUCAGCGACAUCAUUCCAACGGAGUAGAUACUUCAGCACAAAGAUCAAUAGGCCCUCCUGUUGGCCAUCUCCGUCACCAGCCAUUGGAAGAGUUUCGUGAAGAACAUCGACGCAGCGUAGCAGCCAGUGAGCAAGAGCGCUAUCCAGACUGGAGUGCAGGGGCGCAUGAAAUGCGCCAGCAUCGGGUGCCACCCAUCGAAUACCAGUGGGGUUCCGAUGCCAAUUUCAAUCAAGUAACUUAUACUCCAAGCUCAGAGAAGGAAACCAGCGAGUCUCUAUCUAAAGAUCAACUGGGGAUGCUCGAUUGUUUGGCCCAAAGUCAAAGUGCCGGCAACACGCGGCCUAGCAGUCCGCUCCUAGCCAAAGCACAACUCCCACAUAGCAGGCUAUCUGAGUUUACUAAAGUGCAAGAGGUCAAUACACCCCCUAGGAAAAGGAGGAAGAGUAGAAACAGCAAGGAUGCUCUGAAUGAUGAGACACAAGGCGAGGUCGGUGCACCGAAGCCUGUCCGAAGGCGAAAACCCAAAGCAGAGCGUAUGGGUUCGAUCACCUCCCCUGUCGUUAAUGAGGUUUCUGGCGGAAAGCGUCGCAAAUCGGCGGCCAACACUGCCAAGUUGUCGAGGGAAAAUCUUUCGGAAGAGCAGAAACGUGAAAAUCACAUAAAGAGCGAGCAAAAGCGGCGUACUCUUAUCAAGGAGGGCUUCGACGAUCUAUGCGAGCUUGUUCCUGGACUUCGCGGUGGUGGUUUUAGUAAAAGCACCAUGCUCGCAAUGGCUGCGGAAUGGCUGGAGGAUCUACUUAAAGGAAACCAAGCUUUGGAGGCUCAGAUUGCCACUUUGGAGGAGCAUCCGUAA